AUGGAGUGGACGAAGUUGGAACGCGCUUUCGCUGAGGCCUUUUUUUCAAGCGGUCGCUCAAUCGUCGCAACGCAACGUGCAUUCCGUAGACAUUUCAAUAUUGCACCCCGUGGUCGUGUUCCUGGCCGGCAGUCGAUUGUUUCAUGGUCAGGGUGGUGCUGCUAUCUAUCUAUCUAUCUAUCUAUCUAUCUAUCUAUGAUCCUUCCUAGGCAUCAAAUUCUAUCUAUCUAUCUAUCUAUCUAUCUAUCUAUCUAUCUAUCUAUCUAUCUAUCUAUCUAUGCAUCAAAUUCUGUCUAUCUAUCUAUCUAUCUAUCUAUCUAUCUAUCUAUCUAUGCAUCAAAUUCUAUCUAUCUAUCUAUCUAUCUAUCUAUCUAUCUAUCUAUCUAUUUUAUAAAAUAUCCCUCUCUGCUUACUAUCUAUCUAUCUAUCUAUCUAUCUAUGAUCCUUCCUAGGCAUCAAAUUCUGUCUAUCUAUCUAUCUAUCUAUCUAUCUAUCUAUCUUUUUUAUCUAUCUAUUUUUAUAAAAUAUCCCUCUCUGCUUACUAUCUAUGAUCUUCAUCUAUCUAUCUAUCUAUCUAUCUAUCUGAAACAUCUGUUCAUCUAUUUAUAUUUCCACUUUUCCUAUCUAUCUAUCUAUCUAUCUAUCUAUCUAUCUAUCUAUGAUCCUUCCUAG